UUUCAUAGCGCUAAAGCCCACUUCGUCAAAACCCAAAACUAGUUACCAGUACACCAGCGUCAAUCUAUCUCCGGCCACCAUCAACGGCGUUCGGGUCUGUAUUAACAGUCAGAAUUCUCCAAUUUUUUUGCCUCCAGUUAUCGUAUCACCGGCAAUUGAAACUUUCACAAGAUGGUUGGAAUUCAACCAGAAAGAGAAGAUAAAGUGUCACUAGAGCUCACCGAAGAGAUUCUGCAGAGCAUGGAAAUUGGCAUGGUUUUUAGAGAUUAUAAUGGUAGAAUCAGUUCAAUGGAUUUUCACAAGACUUCAAGUUAUUUAGUGACUGCUAGUGAUGAUGAAUCCAUCCGUCUCUACGAUGUUUCCAGCGCUACAUGUUUAAAGACGAUCAAUAGUAAGAAGUAUGGGGUCGAUCUGGUUCGCUUUACUUCUCAUCCUACGACUGUUAUAUACUCCUCAAAAAAUGGAUGGGAUGAAUCUCUGCGGCUUCUCUCCUUAAAUGAUAACAAGUACUUGCGGUAUUUUAAAGGUCAUCAUGACAGGGUUGUCUCAUUAAGCCUAUGCCCUCGCAAAGAAUGCUUUAUCUCUGGCUCUCUUGAUCGGACUGUUCUACUUUGGGAUCAGCGAGCUGAAAAGUGUCAGGGUCUUUUACAUGUACAAGGAAGGCCUGCUACAGCUUAUGAUGAUCAGGGGCUGGUAUUUACUAUUGCCUUUGGAGGAUACAUAAGAAUGUUUGAUUCUCGCAAGUAUGAAAAGGGUCCUUUCGAAAUUUUUUCUGUUGGGGGAGAUGUAUCUGAUGCACAUGUUGUAAAGUUUAGCAAUGAUGGGAGACUUAUGCUCCUUACAACUAUGGAUGGGAAUAUUCAUGUACUUGAUUCAUUUCGUGGCACACACUUGUCCACAUACAAUGUGAAGCCAGUUUCUACCAACUCUACAUUAGAAGCAUCUUUCAGUCCUGAGGGGAUGUUUGUUGUGUCAGGUUCAGGUGAUGGUAGUGUUCAUGCUUGGAGUGUAAGGAGUGGGAAAGAGAUAGCAAGCUGGAUGACUUUUGAAACUGAGCCUCACGUGAUAAAAUGGGCCCCUGGAAAUCUUAUGUUUGCAACUGGAUCUUCCGAGCUAUCUUUUUGGAUUCCAGACUUGUCUAAAUUGGCAGCUUAUGUUGGAAGGAAAUAGAACUUCAAUAGCGAUGCGAUGCCUCUAAAUUUUCGAGCAUCAAGGGCUCAUGAGGUCUUGUUUAGAUGAUGAUAUGAUGAAGGAAGCUAAGCUCUUAUGCAGAAGUUACAAAUAACUCCAAGGAUCAGAAUCUCAAGAUUGUAUCCAGUUACUGGAAGUUCAGGUACUAAAAUGUACAUACAAACAGCGUAGAUUUACAUUCGAGUUUCUACUAUCUUCAUGUCUUAACAUGAUUGUAAAUAACAAGGAAAGCAAUUGAAAUGUGCUUAAUUGGGUUAUUUCAUUCAGAAUGCAAA